GAUAAGCUAAUACAAAGGCAAACGAUCUCUCUUUUUCUCUCACUUUAUUAUUCUUCUUCUUCAACUACUGCUCUUAAACAUUUCAAUAUUCUUAUUUCUUCAAUAUUCUUCUACAUAGAUCUGUUUCUCUGCUUUAAUUUCUUCUAAUUAUGUCUGCUUUGAGAAGAUGGAAGAAGAUCAACAGCAUUCCUGUCGUUUUUGCCCAUCAAGACCGCUUUCUCCACCUCUCAUAUAUCUCCACCCAUUUGAACUAUCUCAACGUUGGGUGCAACCGCCGGCGAGAUUCUCUCAUCGGAUUUCAAGAGAGGUACAAGUGGGACCAUGGCUUUGGCUCCACCGGCGGUGGUGGAAUUUCCAAUAAUGGCGAUUCUGAUAUUCGUAAAAUUAGGGCUGAAACCAAUUGCCCACGCUGUUACAAGCACAUGGAUCUCCUCUUCUCCAAUCGUCACUUUCCUUCUUCUAAUCUUGAUUUGAAUCCAUAUCACCAUUACUCCAAUCGUGGAGGACCUAACAAUAAUAGUCAUAAUCAUGAUGAUAACAAUAAUAAUUCUAGUUCUAGCAGCAGCAACAGCAGCCUUCAGGCCAUUAAUUUUUGCUUCAGUUGUAAAACCGCCUAUUACUUCCGUCCUCACAAGAUUGCUCCUCUUCAGGGAAGCUUUAUUGAAAUUGGCAGAGUUGGUAACAAUAAUAAACCCAAGAACAGAAAUUCUUCCACCACACAAUUCAAUAACGCCAGUGAGGAUUAUACCAAUGCUAUUAGUAAAAGACUCAGGGCCUCCUUUUGGGAUACUGUCAGGACCUAUGCAGGGGAUCCACCUGAGGAUUGGCCUCCCCCUGGUGGGAAUGUCCUGGCUGUUCACACUCCGCCUGGCCCGCCAUUUGCUCCUGGAGUUAAUGUGAUUAGAGCCACAGGGCCAGGUGGAGGAGGUGGCUCAAAUGGUGGUAGUAAUGGUGGAAAUGGUGGAGCAGGUGGAGGAGGGGAAAGGAGUGGUGGAUGGGGUGGAUCUAAUUUGGGAAAGGAUUUGCCCACGCCGAAGGAGAUUUGCAAGGGUCUUGAUAAGUUCGUUAUUGGUCAAGACACAGCCAAAAAGGUGCUUUCUGUGGCUGUCUACAAUCACUACAAGAGGAUUUACCAUGCCAAUUUGCAAAAAAGGUCAGGAGCAGAAUCAGGAAUUUCCGAUGCAACAGAUGAUAAUGUGGAGCUAGAAAAGAGCAAUGUGCUCUUGAUGGGCCCAACUGGCUCAGGCAAGACAUUGCUUGCAAAGACAUUAGCGCGCUUUGUUAAUGUGCCAUUUGUCAUUGCUGAUGCAACAGCCUUAACUCAGGCUGGUUAUGUUGGUGAAGAUGUUGAGUCCAUAUUGUAUAAAUUACUCACGGCAGCUGAGUUCAACGUGCAAGCAGCUCAGCAAGGGAUAGUCUACAUUGAUGAAGUUGAUAAGAUAACUAAGAAGGCUGAGGGCUUAAACAUUAGCAGAGAUGUUUCAGGUGAGGGUGUCCAGCAAGCAUUGUUGAAAAUGCUAGAAGGAACUAUAGUGAAUGUUCCUGAGAAGGGGGCGAGGAAGCAUCCUCGGGGGGAUAACAUACAGAUAGAUACAAAAGAUAUCCUGUUUAUAGUUGGUGGAGCAUUCGUGGAUCUUGAUAAGACAGUUUCAGAGAGACGGCAAGAUUCAUCAAUUGGAUUUGGGGCACCUGUUCGUGCUAACAUGAGAGCAGGUGGAGUAACCAAUGCUGCAGUCACAUCAUCUUUGCUUGAAUCUGCUGAAAGUGCUGAUCUUAUAGCAUAUGGCCUUAUACCAGAGUUUAUUAGCCGUUUUCCUAUAUUAGUUAGCUUGUCGGCUCUUACUGAGGACCAACUUGUCCAGGUCCUCACAGAACCAAAAAAUGCUCUAGGCAAGCAGUACAAGAAAUUAUUUAGGAUGAAUAGAGUGAAGCUACAUUUUACAGAAAAAGCGCUAAGAUUAAUCGCCCAAAAGGCAAUGGCUAAGAAUACUGGUGCUAGGGGUUUAAGAGCCAUACUAGAGAGUAUUCUAACUGAAGCCAUGUAUGAGAUUCCUGAUUUGAAAACAGGUAGUAAUAGAGUAGAUGCUGUUGUAGUCGAUGAUGAAUCUGUAGGUUCUGUAAAUGCUCCUGGAUGUGGCGGAAAAAUUCUUCGUGGAGAUGGUGCAUUGGAGCGUUACCUUGCAGAAUAUAAGCUGAAGGAAUCAACGGAAAAUGCUGAGGCUGCUGAUGCAGAUUUGCAAGAAGGUGAAUCAGAAGUGUCAUCAAGAGCCAUGAGCAUGUAAGAGCUGGCCCGGGCUGGUUCCAUUUCAGAACUGACAGUUCUGGUUCAAGGAUUAAGGGAGACAAAAUUGAAACCAUAGGAUCCCUAUCAGUUCCACAUUGCUGUAUCAGAUCUGAUUCGAUUUCGGUUUUGAUCAAAUUUAACGGUUGAUUUUAAAAAAAGAAAAUCCAGUUUUGAACCAAAUCGAACCUGUCAGUUCAAGAUGGCCAGUUUUGGUUCUGGUUUUGAUUAGUCCAGUUCUGAUUUUAAAUCGGAUCACGGCUGGGUCUAAUUGUUGCCAUUUGUAAAAUUGCUGUUUUUAUUUGUAAAAGUGAUAUUUCUUGAUUGGAUUGUAAUUAUAGCAUAGCUUAUGAUGAUAAAAAAAAAAAAGAGAAAGAAAGAAAUAAUGGAAAAAAAUGUACAUCUUACUUGUACAAAACUUAAUUUUAAUUUGAUUAAAGAAAUGUACAUUAUCAAUUUCCAACUUUAA